AUGCAAGCUCAUUCGACAGGCAAACCAUGAUCUAGUAGCUAUUGAUGAAACACAGUUAAAGUUGAUCCUGAACAUCUGCAUUGUCAAUACUGGAGAAUGCCUGGCGUGCAUCCAAAUUGUACCUCACCUCAAGAUAUAUCGCCCGGGGCGGGAUAUAUCGACAGUACGAGAACUUUCUAUAUGUGUUUUGGAUUUGAAUGAAACCUGAUGUUGAUGACCUUGCCUAUGAAAUCUCCGUCUCAAUGACAUCAAUGGGUCUUUAUAUUGCUUAUCAAGUUGUAACACGAUAACAGAAACAUUGCAGACGUGCAGCAUUGCUUCUUUCUCCUUGCUUGUGAGAAGAUCGUCAGCAACAUGGAAUCCCAAAAGAAACAGAAAACGUAUCAAAGUAUGCAUGUUUACUUCAGUGUACUCACCUUUGCUUUCAUGGUGAUCUCGGUGCUGGCUUUGUCUUUGCUCUUAUUGCACCAGAAUAAAGAGCUAACAGAGCUUAGGGAAGAAUUGGAUAUCAUUCGAGGAAUCUACCUUGGAGAGCAAGACGGCACUGUCAUUGGUAAUGCGUCAGUGGAGGAACGAGUGUAUGGGCGAUCCAAAAGACAGGUUAACCCGCGUUAUAACUAUAGAAAUACCCAAUAUCAGAAUAGAUAUAGGAAUACCAGAAACCAGAACACGAGGAAUACAAGAUUACAAAAUGCAAACAAUCAGCAGACGAGAUAUCAACAAAAUCAGAACCAACGGAAUAGGAAUGUACAAAACAGAUACCAACAAAACAGAAAUCAACAGAACACAAACCAGCAGAAUAGGAAUCUACAAAAUAGGAAUCAGCAAAACAGAUUUCAACAGAACUGGAAUCAACAGAAUCGAAACCAGCAGAAUAGGAAUCAACAGAAUCGAAAUCUGCAGAAUAGGAAUCAACAGAAUCGAAAUCUGCAGAAUAGAAAUCUACAGAAUCGAAAUCUGCAAAAUAGGAAUCUACAGAAUCGAAAUCUGCAGAAUAGGAACCAACAGAAUCGAAACCAGCAGAAUAGGAACCAACAGAAUCGAAACCAGCAGAAUAGGAACCAACAGAAUCGAAAUCUGCAGAAUCGAAACCUGCAGAAUAGGAAUCUACAAAACCAACGAAACAGAUUACAACAGAAUAGAAACAUCAGACCCAAAGUAACAACCACAACAAAGCCAAAAACUACUCAAGCAACGACAGCAGCACCAACAACUUCCAGGCCAACCAAGUCUGGAGGCGAACUAACCGCAUUCAUUGAUGUACGAGAAUUUUGGAAUGCCGUGUCGCAGAAACCACUGACAACAUCUUGCAAAAGAAUCAUUCAGGCGAACAAACAAAUCAUAUGCGUUAAAAAUAAUGGCAAAAACAUCACCAUUGACGCACAGGGUCGCAGGAUUAUCAACGGAUCACUCGAUCUUGGGACUUUGACAAUUGAUAGAGGAAGCUUCAACCUUAUUAGUGCUGGACGUGAAGUAAGCACAGCGGCCAGAAACUACAUAGAUUCCUACGUUAAUCACAAGUUGAAAACUUUACUAGGUACUAAGAUCACCGAAAGUAAACAACUGGAUGAAUUUAUUCAAUCCAAAGUUCAGGAAGCUCUGGAUAAAAGGCUAAAGAGUGGUUUAGUGUCUUCACCACAACUUGGCAAAGCCCAAGUUAUUGCAAUAGCAGGUUCACCGGGUCCCAGGGGAUUCCCAGGUCCCCGGGGUUACCGCGGUCCACGAGGUUUCACUGGUCCUCAAGGAAGACCCGGCCUUGCAGCUAUAGUUGGACCCGGGGGAAGAGUUCGAUGGAUUUCAGAAGGAAACACGGGACGUUUUAUCGGCGUACCUGGAAAAAGAGGAAGAAGAAUAAAAAGGCAAGCUGCUAUUUCCCUUACCGGAAGACAGGUUGGCGUUGGCUCAACUGCUGGAGGAACGGGAGGAUUGGGAGAAGGCACUGUUUUUGAUCUCGAAAAACUAUUCGGAAGUGAAGAAACAGGCACCAAGACUACGGCCAAAUCACUGCUGUUUGAGAGYUAUGUUGCCCCAAACAUCACUACAAAGCUCAAAGAGAAGGUGGUAGUUAAGGUCGGCGACCCGUUCAACGUGACGAUGAGAGUCACGGGACAUCCCAUGCCGGAGAUAUUCUGGAUAAAGCAAGGCACUCGUGAGGUGGAUUUUGAUCAACGACUUAAUUUCCCUAAAACCAAGAUCGAGGACUCGGGAAUCUGGACUUUUAGAGCGAGGAAUAUCAUGGGGACUGCUACAGCUGAGUUCGAGCUGGUAGUAGGAAAAAAGCCAGUCUUCAUCAAGGAACCACAAAAAAACGUAGUAGCAUAUGAAGGAAGGACGUUUGAAUUCAAAUGUGAUGUGGACGGACAUCCAGAACCUGUGAUAGGUUGGAAGCGACAGGGCAACGCAGUUUUGCCAGCAGGACGUCAUAAGAUUAUCAAGGAAACCCUGUAUCUCACCGACCCUAAACCAGAGGACGCGGGAUUGUACUUGUGUCGUGCUGCUAAUGUUAUGGGGGCCGUUAUUGGUGGCUCUAGAAUAUUCAUCCAAAAAAUAGCCCCACUUACCGUCAAGAUUCUGAAUCCAGCUGAAGUAGUUUACAAAGACACCACUCCUCUCAAACUGAACUGCUCUGCCACAGGAAACCCGCAACCUAACAUUACCUGGUACAAAGAUGGCGUCGCUUUGAAAGCCAAUAUACUUGUCAAAAGACCAUCGAGAACUAACCCGCUACCAGAAUACUUGUCUCAGUUAGUGAUAGACCAAGUUUCUACUAAAGACGAAGGGACGUAUACCUGCUCUAUGCGGACUAGUUUGGCUCCUCAACCUGUAGAAUACAACACGACAGUCAGUCUGUUUAAGUGCAAGCCACUAGAAGCACCUGCAAAUGGCUACAUCGUAGGCAAGAAUUUCCAUGUGGGAGCGUGCGUCAAGUUUGCUUGCAACCCUGGAUGUAUGUUGUAUGGAUCAGCAAUUCGUGUGUGUAACGCACACGGCAAAUGGAGUGGAACAGCACCAACAUGCUAUGACGUAGGCGAAGUUGCGUACGAAUGCCACCAUUACAACGUGCUUACCGAUGCAGACCGGAAUGUCAACUCGAAGAAAAUCCUUGGUAAAUGUGACAAUAAUCUCGCAGAGGGCUGGUACCGAUUUGGGGGUGAGGCUGGCACUCAGAUGCCUAUUUCUUGCCAAGGUCCGCGCAAGUGCAACGCAAAGUAUCCCGGGUGGUUAUACGGGCAGCACCCACGUAAAGAAGAUGGCUGCAUCCAGACUCACGUCUGCUUCGGUGACUACAAGAGCAAAUGUUGUGCUUACAAGCAGAACGUGUUGGUUCGUAACUGUGGGAAGUUUUACGUGUAUAAAUUGAGUCCCAGUCCGGGAUGCAACAUGAGAUACUGUGCUAAAGAUUAAAGAGGAGAGGGAUUUUUCGCUAUCUUCAGUUAUAUGAGCUAUCCAUAUAGCUAUAGGGUAAACAACAGUACGACAAUCCCGCAGUUAAUGAACAUGUUAUUGCCGUCUCCCGCAAUUGAACUUUCAGUUAAUUUUAACAGCAUGCAUGCUUUUGCAUUAAGCCAGCAUCUUUGUCUAAAGACGAAAGAAUAUUUAUAGCAAGAACUGCUUAAAUAUGAUAAAUGCGUAUGUAUAUAUUGAACAAGCUUACUUCAAGGACGGCCGUCAGAGUACUAAGGCUCUAUUUACAUGGGGGCGGAUCAUCCUAGGACUAGAAUCUUCCUUGCAGGCGAGUCAUCUAUGCGUUCAGUUUACAUGGGGAACGAGGUGUGUGAACUUUAUCCCUGUAGUGCUACAGUACUCAGUGUAGGAUCUUCCUAUCAGCGACACAGGAUGAAAAAACCUAGUACCCGAAAGAAGCCCGUGCAUAAACAGAAGGUUAUAGAUAUAUACCCCACAGGCGCGAUUACACGGAGCAAUUUUCUUAUUUGCAAUAUGUGGCUGUUGCGACACAAGUUGCAUGGAGCAUUGCAGCGUGUAACCUGCUGCGCAAUUUGAAAAAUGUUGCGAGAUAAGUUGCAGCAAUCGUUGCGAAAAGUAGACUUCGUUUCUACUUUUGGCAACGAUUGCGUCUCCGUUGCACCGUGUAGACACUCUUGCAACUUGUGUCGCAACGCUGUUGCGAGACAAGUUGCAGAGAAAAGUGCAACGUGUAAUCGAGCCUUGAAAGGGGUAGUUGCGGUUUAACUAAUAUUCUGAGCGUUUUCCUUCUCUCAAAACCAACAUUGCCUCGCGUGGAACCACUAAAAUAAAUUGCAUAUUUAGCAGUUUUAAUGUUGAAUUUGCUUUCAAGACUAUAUACAUAGCGCUCUAAGUAGAGAUUUAUAUUCUAUAUUGUAUAUGAUGGCUGAAUAAUGCUUCGCUGGUGUAACCGAGACAAUAUAUAACUAGAUGGCUUUAUAGCACUAUAUAAAUAGGGAGUCUUUUUCUCGUCCAGAGUCGUAGUUUUAGCUUAAAGAAAAUUCUGGAGUAUUUGGAUAAGUUUUUAAACCCAGUCACUCAAAGAGACUCUGAUAUUAACUAAUGACUUUUCUUCUGGGUUAUCCACAUAUUUAGCGCAAGCUGCAAACAUCUUGCUUAACAUUUUUACUAGAUUUUUCCGUUCACGCUACAACUUGGUCAAAAGAUCACUUUUCGCAUUUUGAUAUAAAACGGGCUCCCUGUGCGCUUAGCAAAACUGUAUUGUCUACGAAGCUAGUUAUGCAGCAAACAAUGAAUAAAUAAAUGUAAAAUGUCUGACGAUUACAAUUAAAUAUAACCAAAACAACAAGUAAUGCCACAA